GCGAAAAGAACGCCUCACGCGUCGAACAAACGCCUCCAUGAGCGCGGCCCGGCACGCGGCCACCGUGGGCGCCCUGCGCUCGCCGGGCCGAAGCCCGGCCAACGCCUCCGCGGCGUCGCGGAGCGGCAGCGAGCGGCUCACCUCGGUGCCGCGGGCCAACACCCUGGAGACGCUGACCAACGUCUUCGCCGGCUAUGGCGCAGACCAGGUGCUGGGCUCCUGGCGGCAACAGGUGCCCAUGGAGUCCGAGCAGCGCCUCGCUGUGCUGCUGAAGACGGAGCGAAGCGGCUUCGACAGCGGUGCUCGCGAGGAGAGCGACGACAGCAGCAGCGACUCCUCGGAUUCGCUAUGGAACCGCGGGGGGCUGCGGUACUGGGCCCCGGGUCUCUACCGCUGGCUCGCUCCCCGGGUGGGCUCUCGAGAGAGGUUUUUGAUCGCCUUUACCUUCUCCGUAGUGGAGGGCACGAAGGAAAGGGCCUUAGACUUUGCGGGCCAUGAGAUCAACUACCUCUCCAUACAGGUGGUGGCCAGUGUCAUCUCCCUGCUCUGCGCCCUCGCCAUCUCCUUCUUCAUGGAGGGGCAAUGGGGCGCCUCGCGGAUCUUCUGCUUCAGCGCGCUCUGGCGCUGGAGCUUUGUGGGCUUCUUCUUCGCCGCGAAGAGCGUGAUGCUCACCUACGCCUAUCAGAGCGGCCUGCACCACAUGAUCCUUAUGUUGGUGGGCUUCCUCUAUGUCAUCGUGGCGGCCGUGGGGAGCUUUUUCGUCUUCAGCCGGAAGUACGGGAAGUUGGAGUGGCUCUCGCUGUCCAUGCUGAUCCUGUCCGCGCCGGCCUUCUACAUCAUGCGGGAGCGCUGUGACACCAACUACUGCCAGUUUUUCGAUUUCACCAAGGACCAGCUAAGUCUGCUGGGCAUCAUUUGCGCCUUCGUGGGGGUGGCCAUGGCUGCUGUCGCCUCUAUCCUGGCGGAAAGGUUGUUCAAGAACUUCUCCUCGGGCAUGGUGAGGCGCAACGAGCAAGACAACUUUGACCAUGGCAAGUACUACAUCCACAGGGUCCACCUGGACUUCACCAACUGCGUGCUGCUGGGCGUCGUGUGGAUCUGGCAGUACUACUGCGUGCAGGGAUCCUGGAACUCCAAGACGGACGUGAUGUUCGGCUAUUGGACGCGGCGCCACUACAUCCUGGUGGCGAUCUACGUUCUACAAGCUUGGUGGGCUGGCUUGGUGGUGAUGAAUUUCUCCACGGUGACCAAGAGUUUGCUUCAGACGGUGGUGGGGGUGCUGUCGGUGUGCAUCGUGGACCCUUUGGCGGGCAUGACCUACGGCCACAACUUCGGGAUCCGGGCGGUGCCCUCGCUGCUCAUCGCGGUGAUCAUCGUGAUCUGCGCGGUGCUUUUCCAGACGGGGCGCCUGAACAUGAAGGCGAUCCGGGAGGCCUCCGGCGUUCCCGCGCAGGAGGAGGUGGGCGGGAUUCAGAGCGUGCGGCGCUUCUUCUGCCGGGAACGGACUCAGACGCGAACCCCGGAGGCCGCGGCCCAGUCCGGCGGGCUCAUGAAGUACUGCCUGCCCGUGCUGUACAUCGUGUCCAACGCCUUGCAGACUGAGCUUCAGAACACGGUUUCUGCGAACCGCUUCUUCGUGCCGCAGAGUCUGCAAGUGGGCAUUCCACUUUGCGGGAUGGGCCUCGCGAGCGCCCUCACGCUGAACAUCUACGGCCUCAAGGGCCUCCGGGAGGCGCUGGACCCGAGGACGCUGAACAAGUUCCUUUUGCUGGGGCUGAUGCAGUCGGUGGUGGGCGCCUUGGCUGGCCUCGCCAUGGGCCUCGGCAUCAACUCCUCGCUCUACGUGGCCAUGGGGAAGAUUUACACACCUCUCUCCCUGGUCCUGGGGCGCUUGAUCCUGCACCGGCGCUAUCUCUGGAUCGAGUGGCUCUCGGUGGUGGUCCUCUUCGUAGCCUCAAUCACCUUGGCCUUCCUCGACAGUUCCAUCGCCACGCACUCUGCCGGGCGCAAGAGCAGCGCGGUGGCAAUCCUAUCCACGGCCGGGUCCGCGUCCAUGGCCUGCAUCUACUCGGUGAUCAUGGAGAUUGCGCUGCAGAACACCACCACGCCAUUCCUGGUGAACAAAAUCCGGCUGGACUUUGGCGCCUUUCUGUGGGGCAUCGCCUUUCUGCCGGUGAUGGGCUUCCUCGGGGUGUCCGGCGGACGGCCCGACCUGGCCUUCUGGGUCUACCGGCCCAACAACUACUGGGACUGUGUAGACAUUGGGUCCUGCGACGAUGCAGGCCUCUUCGUGGCUACGAACGCCACUGCCGCGCAAGCCAACGACUGCUUUUGCGGCAAGGGCGUCUUUCUGGGCUGGUCCAGCUGGGUGGUCUACGCCGCCCUGGGGGCCGGCGUGCUGUAUGGCUGGCUCACGGGCAAGAUCAUCGAGCACUUCUCCACGGUCAUGCGAUCCGUGCUGGAUGGCUUCCCCAUCAUGCUCCUGCAGUUCUGCAUCUCCCCGCUGGCGUCGCGGAUCCCUUUGGAUGACUUCGAGGCCAAGUACCCCAGCCCGCUGCCCUUCAUAAACAGGGACUGGGCCAAGGACCUCAUGACCAUUGUGAACCCAAUCAGCGCCAUCACCUACAUCGAGGCGGCUGCGCAGGUCAAGAAGGUGGCGGAGCUGUGCCACCCCCACGAGAUCCACGAGGAUGAAGCGCUUGAAGUGAAUGGUGAGCUGGACACGGACGGCGAGACCGAGUCCAGCGAAUCAAGUGACGCAGCUUGCUGAGGAUUCCUCCCGCGGACUGGCCCGAGCGAAGACACGGCUCGCAUGGGAGCCCUCCGGCAGUCCGGGCUGCGUGGAGUUUCAGCGCCGGCACGGUGUGCCGGGUGCGUAGUUCCUCGGGGGCCGUUGGUUUUUUCUCCCUGGACCCAAGCCAUUUUAUCA